CUCUCUCACACUUCGGAGAACAUCAUCAACUUCUGAAAGGUGAAGAAAACAGGGUUGGUUUCUUCUCCAGUUCAUCGUCCGCAGAGGCAACCAGGACAGCCGACCCGAUGGAGAAAUCCAAAAACUUUCGCAUCGACGCGCUUCUGGCAGUCGAUACACCAAAGGCGCAGACUUCACCGCUGGCACUUGUGACUUCCCUGUCCUCUUCCUCCGCAUCUUCCUCCUCCAUCCCGUCCUCUGGAAGCGGAGCUGCCCCGGACCUCACAGCAGCCGCCGAGUCGUUGCGCGCCGAGACGCCGCCGUCUCCGCCGAGGAUUUCCACCUGCGGGCUGAUUCCCAAACCGGGGUUUCUGAACAGCGCGCACGGCAUGUUGGGACUACACCCGCAGAGCAGCGCGGGGAUCCCGGCGCAGGCUCUCUACGGCCAUCCCAUGUACACGUACUCCGCCGCUGCGCUCACGGGCCAACACCCCGCACUGUCCUACUCCUAUCCGCACGGCUCGCAUCACCACCACACCAGCGACCCUAUUAAACUGACAGCCAGCACCUUCCAGCUGGAUCACUGGCUGCGAGUGUCCACAGCUGGGAUGAUGCUGCCAAAGAUGUCCGAUUUUAAUGCUCAGUCGCAGUCAAACCUGCUCGGGAAAUGCAGAAGACCCAGGACAGCGUUCACCAGUCAGCAGCUGCUGGAGCUGGAGCAUCAGUUCAAACUGAACAAGUAUCUGUCGCGACCGAAGCGCUUCGAGGUGGCCACGUCGCUCAUGCUCACCGAAACUCAGGUGAAAAUCUGGUUCCAGAACAGACGCAUGAAAUGGAAGAGGAGCAAAAAGGCCAAAGAGCAGGCCGCGCAGGAGGCCGAGAAGCAGAAAGGCACCAGCAAGAGCGGCCAGGAGAAAUCAGACGGACUUGAGCAGUCAGAUUACCACAGCAAGACGGACUCAAAAAACGGCAGAAUAAGAGACUUCAGGGACAGCGACGACGACGAGGGCGACAGUUUCUUGUACAACUCGUCGGACUGCUCUUCGGACGAGGAGCGCAACCACAACAGCGACGCCAGUCCGCAGCCUUAACUGAGCUGAGCUCCAGCUGACUGACUCUGGGAAGUUUCAUUGUAAAAAAAAAAAAAAAAAAAAAGAAAAAGAAGAAAGAAAGAAAACUGAUGCAGUUGCAUGUAAUCCAAGAAUUUUCCUGUACGAAAUUCGCAAAAAUGACGCUGAUAUUAAAAAAAAAGCAAUAAAUCAGAAGACCUGCAUUUUAUUUAGGCUAUCAUUGCGCACCCACAUACUCACUGCAUGAAGCCUAUAGUGGGUCAGUGGCGAAGUUCUGCGGUUUGUUUUGUUUUUUUUUUCCGGGAAAAGAGGCCAUAAAACUAAAUUAUUCACAGCAAUAUGACAAAUGAAACGGAAAAAUUAUUUUUCUAUUAAGUAUUUAUACAAUAAAUUGCUCAGAGGAAAGGAAAAAAAACUGCAUGCUAAAAAUAAUUGUUCGACCUUUAUCUUCCUGCAGAUAAUGUAAAAUAGAAUGUUCUUUUUAACUUAAAAUUAAAAUCAGGUAAUGUUUCCGCGUGUUCUUUCACCCCCGCUUCUUUUCGGAAACACAGAGGCUCAUUCAUGAUUUACAGGGAGUGUUUGAGUCCUGUGUUCCCUCUCUUUGCUCUGACAGCUCGGGUCAUGGGAAUCACUGUUAAUAACGCUGUCGGAUCUGUGCAAACGGGCAGUGAGAGCAAACAGCGAGCAGGCAGUCAGACAGAGGAAACAUUUCACACCACACCGACAAUAGGCUCGUAUUAAUAUACCCUUUAGAAAGCUGGGAAACAUGGAUGCUGCUGGAUGGCUUCAUGUGGACUGGGAUUUUAAGGUAAGAUCGGUAGCUAUAAUCUGUGAUAUCGGUUUAAUACUUAAGUUUGUAAAUGUAAGAAAUUAAAAACAAACAACC